AUUCCACAUUCGUCAACAGCUUCAGUUGCUUCCACCAGCACACCUUCACAUUCUUCUCCUGAAAAUGCAGCAAACUCAGUCCAUGCUCCAGUGCCAACUUUUACAGAUCUGAAGCCUAUCUCCCCAAAGAGCGAUUCAUCGGCCUUAUCCAAUGCCUUAGCCCAAGCGUCUGAAGUUUUGGCUAAUGUUGGACCUGGAACAGAACUACCAACAACUUUCACUGCAGCUGCACCUCAACCUACUUACCAACCUGUGACUGCGCCAACGGCAGAUACUGUAGUAGUGCCUCUUGCUCCUAAGCCGAUCUAUCCGAAUGUUCCGGCAGCUGUUCAAAGUAGCAGUCAUCCAGUGAUCGCUCAUGACGCACGAUUUUCGAGCUAUGCAGAAUUCGAUGAAGCUUUUGAAGCAUGGAAGCGAGAAUGUCUUCACCCAUUCCGUGUUGCCUCAUCAGAAACCCUUCGAGAGCCGGAUGGAACCGUAAACCAUCGCUUCAAAUAC